CCGCUAUGUGCCGGUACGAAACUGAAAAUGGACAGGURGUUUGUACCACUGAGAAAAUAUGUUGUAGCACCUUACUCGCAGGAAGUACGAGUACUACGUACUACUGCAAGGCCCCUCAUCAAACCAAAAAAACAAGAUAAAUAAUUCUUCAAAAUCCAAAAUACUGCUGGGGGCUACUUUCGACAAAUACAACUAUUGGAGUCACGAGCCAUGUUACUAAUCGAAGAAAAUGGAUCGAAUAUAAUGUUUUCCGGGACAGAAGACCCAAAGGGUAACAACAGUUUUACGUCAUCGACAGAGUACCUAGUGCCACUCGAGGGCGCAGAUGACGACACCGAACUGGAAGGGCUGGACUUUGCCGAUAAAACUACCCCUCGUAAUCGCACCUUUUCUAGUAGUCCCGGCGACUCCAGCAAAGGCAGAAACAGUUUCGACGAAUACUUCUCUGCUCCCGAGUCUAUGGAGAAAUAYGCUGAUGAUAAUGAUAAUGACUACGACAGCARUGAUGACGAUGUUUUUGCCUACAAGCAAACAUUGCCGGAGCCUCAAACCGGAGGAUACGACUACCGGUCAUCUAUGAACCAGAAUCAGCAGCAAACGCAGCAAUAUGGAAAGGAUACUGCGCCGAUUCAGCCCACUCGACGAACAAGAUCUGACCGUGCCGUCAGCUUCCAAGAAUCAGGAGUGACGAGCUACAUGAAUGRSCUUGACCACGCGAAAGCAAAAGAAAAUGCCAAUUACUUCCAUUGCUCCCCGAAUAAAUUCAAGAAACGUUCGAUGGAAAUACGGAUGGAUGGYCAAAUUAAGGAAUGUACGCACACAAAUAUUGGAAAGAGAUUGAUAUCGACCAUUCGGCCUGAUUCACCGACCAAUAGCAACGACAUAAUGUCACCAUCAGUCGUCAAUUCGGUAACAUCWCUCUCAUUGGCUGACUCGGAUGACAUGCUCGAUAUCAACAACGAUGGAGGAAUGCCCGAUAUAAGAAAUUUAGAAGUCGAAGAGAGUAAUCGGAAUCGUCCGCCUUCUUUCGCUGCACCAGACGAUGAUAGCGACGCAUCCAACACCACCGGGACGCGCUUUGUUCUCGCUGACAGAGUAUUGGGUCUAUUCAAUUUUCGUAGAAUCUCAGUGGCGAUCGUGAAAUGGUUUCCGUGUUUUUGGUUCUGGUGUUCCCGACACAACAAUCAAUUGCACGGCGGUACCUUGUCCGAUCGGUUCAUUUUGGCACGUCUCAACGUUAUGUCUUUCUUCUUUGCCACGGUCCAGCUUGCUGCUUGUGUGUGGCUGUGCGUAGUCCUCUUUGUGGAUGGUCCGGAGCAAGMCUUUCGACACGGAUUCCAUCUGUGGAACAACAACUGCAUUGUUGCCUUCAUUGGAGUUUUGGCAAUUUUUCUGCUUUGCACUUGCUUUUGGACCAAACGAAUCAUAAAAGAAGUCGAUCUUGUGGGAGCACUCCGUUUCCUGUGGCUCUUGCUAUGGAUCCUACCGAUUGCAACUUUUCUCAACAUUGUUGCCUUCGACUAUCACGGGGUUACAAAAACCUGGAUAAGUACGUGGGGAAAUCCUUUUGAUAAUCGAACCAAUUAGUCCCGAACAGGCUUUGGUUUUUGCUGACUCGAGGUCUCUUCAAAGUAAUUUCUCAACAUGAUGUUCUUUUCUGUACAACUACUUGUUUAUUCUUUCCUUCGUUCGAUGGGAUGUAGAACACUAUUGGAACUCCGCACAACUGUGGUGGUUCAGAGAGCAAUUCUGCGAGCCKGAUACCGCGGAAACUCUAUGUACGGUGCGUUUCUAUGGCUYCCGCUUCUCACCCUCAUAUUUUWGCGGCCUUUCAAAUUACACCACACACUCUGUGCUGCGAUGGCUGGCUAUUUCUACGUGAGAUGAUAUCGCUUCUAAGUUUUGCUUUUGUUUCUUUGAUAACCUGUAGGUGCCUAUUCGAGACGAAGAGGAAGAAGAGGAGUGGUGCGAGGACCGAUACAAUACCACUGGAUGUGCCAACAUACGAAACGAGGCACAAGACAAAACCGAGUUUUUCCUCUUGAUAUUUUACAGAGCGCUAGCUUCRUGGGGAUGCAUUUACCUGUUCAUAAUGUUUCUAAUCGUCAAGUGCCUUGAACGUAUCAUUUCGAAACCUAUGGUGCAAAAGUCGCGAGAAGUGAAUGUUGUUGGAUGGUUGACGUUUCCGGUGUUCUGUACAGCCAUAUUCGGUGGGAUUAACCUCUUCUCCACUUAUUCGUAUUUAGACAAAUUGGACGAACAGAGGUAAGUGCUGGGCUAAAAAAUGCAAACGAGGAUGGUGUCCAUUCAACAUAGCGUAGGAAAUCCACUCAAUAUAUUUUYCAAYUUUCAUUUCGUUUCGUUCAUCGCCACGAUUGUGUAGAUGGAUAGCAUUUCUAUACCUAAUCG